AUGUGUCUAUCUUUGUUGACAGGGUUCCAUGAAAAGCUUGGUCUUUCUUACAAGAACUCAAGGGAAUUAAAUAAGAUCAUCGACAAGCAGCUUCCUGGUCGCCCACAGUUCAGGCGUGAACAAAUUGUCGUCGCAGGCGAGGCUUUCGACGCUCUGUAUGGUGACCCAGAUUUUGCCGAUCUUCUAAUCUUUGCACCGGAACGCCACUAUGCAGAUGAGGAACAAACUGUCCGAUUAUUCCAUGAUAUGCAUACUGGUAAAUGGUGGUGGGAUACUCAGAAAAAGCUUGAUCAGCGCAAACCGGGUGCUACCAUCAUUCCAAUUAUUAUUUCGAGUGACAAGACUCAAGUAACAAUGUUCCGAAAUAAAAUGGCUUACCCAGUCUACCUUACUAUUGGCAACAUUCCAAAGGAAAUCCGCCGAAAGCCAUCUCGCCGUGCCCAUAUUCUUCUCGCUUAUCUUCCUACUACCCGUCUCGAGCACAUCACCAACCAGGCUUCACGACGCCGAACCAUUGCAAAUCUGUAUCAUGCCUGCAUGGGCCGUGUCUUAGCACCACUGGAGGAAGCUGGCUUAGAUGGUAUUGUCAUGAAGAGUGGCAAUGGUAUCCUGUGUCGCAGUCAUCCCUUAUUUGCUUGCUUCGUUGGUGACUAUCCUGAGCAAGUCUUGGUUACAGGAGUCAAAACCACGGAAUGUCCCAAAUGUGACAUACCACCAGCCGAACUCGGAAGCAAUGCCGCACCUUUCGAGAUGCGCAACCUCGAUGCUGUCCUCAAUGCAUUGGCUGCGAUUGAUAACAGAGAUCUUGCAUUUGUACAUGCAUGCCGCGAAGCCGGAAUCAAGCCCAUUAUACAUCCGUUCUGGGAGCCCCUACCCUAUACCAACAUCUUCCAAGCCGUUACACCAGAUGUGCUUCACCAAUUAUACCAGGGUCUUAUCAAGCAUCUCCUUGGUUGGCUGGCCGAGGCAUUCGGAGCAGCUGAGAUUGAUGGAAGAUGUCGAAGGCUCCCCCCAAAUCACCAUAUCCGUCUAUUUAUGAAAGGUAUCACUAGCCUCUCACAAAUCAGUGGUACAGAGCAUAGUCAGAUAUGCUGUUUUCUACUUGGGAUCAUCAUCGACAUCCGACUCCCCAACCGUUGUCUACUUGACUUCCUGUACUUGGCGCAGUAUCCUUGCCACAGCUCCGAAACAUUGACUCUCCUCACAGAAGCUCUCGAUCUUUUUCACAACAACAAGCAGAUCUUCGUCGACCUUGGAAUACAAAACAAUUUUAAUCUUCCAAAGCUCCAUGCAGGCCGCCACUAUAUGUCGAUGAUCCAGACUUUUGGCACAACUGACAAUUAUAAUACAGAAUAUACUGAGCGCCUCCACAUCGACUUGGCCAAAGAUGCAUAUCGUGCAACAAACCACAAAGAUGAGUUUGUUCAAAUGACUCAACAUGUCAUGUGGCGCCUCCACGGCAAUCCCAUUCGACACCAACCUCGUCCAGCAAACCUGUCUUUCGACCGGGUUCAAACAUUAACGAAGCAUCCUAGCAUGAAAGCUGUGCCAAUUCAGAAGUUAAUCACGGAGUAUGGGGCCACGUACUUCCGUGAGGCGCUUGCAAGAUAUGUUGCACAGCUGCAUCAUCCACACGAAGCCACCACUCGUCGCCGCCUCGAGGACCUUGCUGCUGCUAUCCACCUUCCAUUCCGCACACUUCCUGUGUAUCAUAUAAUCAAAUGGCGAUCUGAUGGUGCACAGGGACAUGGUGACCCAUGUGUCACAGUGGACAGCGCGCAUGUCAAACCUCGCCGUGUGACCACCAGUCAAAAAGGCGCUGAUGUCCCAGCACGAUUUGAUACUGUGCUUAUUAAUGAUGGGACUGGCCGUUCUGCAGGUAUUGAAGGCUACCGUGUGGGUCAGAUUCGCGUAAUAUUCUCAAUCCUGCAGAAUGCUGUUACAAUGAUGUUCCCUACCGCAAUCCAGCCUCCCAAACAUCUCGCCUAUGUAGAGUGGUUCACUCGGUUUCCUCCUACAGCUGAUUCGAACCAUGGAAUGUUCAAAAUCAGCCGCUUCGUGCAAUCGGGUGAGAGAGUUGCGAGCAUCAUACCCGUCACAAACAUCCACCGAAGUGUCCAUCUCAUUCCAAAGUUCGGACCUGUCGCACCUCGUCAAUGGACCAGUAGCGAAGUCCUCGAGCAAUGUGACACUUUUUAUGUUAAUUCUUACAUUGAUAGGCAUACAUUUGUGACGGUUAGAUAGCACAUUGUAACUUCAUUGAAGAAUGUUGAAGUUUAGCGAGAAAUCAUCAACCUUAUCUAUAGCUUGU